ACGAAUACCGAAUACUGAAGGUGGCAAGUGGCAACACCAUGAAAGCAUCCAUUGCCAUACUACUUGCUCUAUUCUUGUAUGACUCUCUUAACCAUUCUCAAGCUCUAACUGGACCUCGGCUCAACAACUCUACGGAUUUUGAUGCUCUCCUCUCUUUCAAAUCCCACAUAACUCAUGAUCCCUACGGCAUUCUCCACACCUGGAACCCAAACACCUCGUUCUGCAACUGGGAAGGAGUUCUAUGCAAUCCCAGCAAGCAACGAGUUACUGGUCUCGCCCUCGGGAAUCUCACUCUUGCCGGAACAAUCACCCCUCUCAUCACCAAUCUCUCUUUCCUCCGCCUAAUCGACUUGCAGAACAAUAGCUUCAGCGGUUACCUUCCAACAGACUUGGGCAAGCUCUUUCGGCUAGAGACGCUCGUCCUAGCUUCCAAUGUCAUCCAUGGAACCAUACCCUCCUCGCUUAGCCUCUGUUCUAAGCUUCGGCUUCUUGAUUUGUCUGAUAAUCAGUUUCACGGGUCAAUCCCACCAGAAUUAGGUAUGCUAUCCAACCUUCGAGAUUUGAGUUUUGCAAAGAAUAACCUUACGGGUUCAAUCCCUUCUUCCUUUGGAAACCUUUCCUCUCUUAACAACCUCAUCUUUCUCUCAAACAAUCUACAGGGAUUCAUUCCAAAUGAAUUAGGUCAGCUCCGUUUCUUGUUACAAUUAAGCUUAGCUGAUAACAAUCUCUCAGGUGAGAUUCCUACCUCUCUAUACAACCUUUCAUCUUUAAUAAUCAUGAGUUUGGCCAAGAACAGGUUUUCAGGUCAUUUGUCAUCCAAUUUGUUCUCUACUUUACCCAAUCUAGAUACCUUGUUUGUGGGUGGCAACUUGCUACAAGGACCAAUCCCCGCAUCUCUCUCCAAUGCUUCAAGCCUGAAACGACUUGAUCUCUCAUCCAACCAAUUCACAGGACAGGUUCCCCUGCUCUGGAAUCUUCCAAAUCUUUUAAUUCUGAAUCUUGAGAUCAAUGGUUUGGUAAGCAACGGUGAAAACGGAUUGGAUUUCAUCACCUCAUUGCAAAAUUCCACCCUUCUACAAGUUUUUUCUGUUGCUACAAACCAACUCACUGGUCCUAUUCCCUCCUCGAUAGGUAAUCUCUCAACUCAGCUUUCUCUGCUAGUAAUGGGUGAAAAUCAUCUUCAAGGAAAUAUACCAAAAGAAAUUGGGAAUCUACAUAGUCUCAUAAUGUUGUCUACAGAAUCGAAUUCCUUAACCGGGAACAUUCCUUCUACAAUUGGAAAUUUGCAAAAUCUGCAGCAACUUUUCUUGGAGAUGAACAGUUUGUCGGGGCCCAUACCUGAAUCUCUGCAAAACCUGACAGGGCUGUAUGAAUUAGGUUUGAGUAGAAACAAAUUAACAGGCAGAAUCCCUUCAAGCCUUUCAAAUUGCCAGCAUCUUCAGACUUUGGAUCUCUCUCACAAUGAGCUAAAGGGAGAAAUACCUAAGGAGAUCUUUGGAUAUCCAAGUUUAGGGUUUCUUCUUAAUCUAUCAUGGAAUUCUCUUACUGGUUCUUUGCCUUCAGAAAUUGGAAAUUUGAAAAUGGUACAAGGUAUUGACAUCUCCAAGAAUAAGCUAUCAGGGACAAUUCCAACUACAAUCGGGCAGUGUUCUAAUCUCUUGUAUCUUGAUCUGUCCAACAAUUCUUUCCUAGGUUCAAUUCCCGAUUCAAUGGCCAACUUAAAAGGUAUAGAGUAUUUGGACCUAUCAUCCAAUAAUCUAUCUGGCUCCAUUCCAUUGUCUCUAGCUUCCCUCCAGUUCCUUCAGAACUUGAACCUCUCUGGCAAUCAUCUUCAAGGAAAGGUACCCACAAGAGGUAUCUUCUUGAAUUCAACUGCCAUAUCUACCACCGGAAAUUCUGAGCUCUGUGGUGGUGCUCCUAUACUAGGGCUACCUGAUUGUGUUGUCACUGAAAUGCAUUCUAAUAGAUGGAAAACAAAGCUGGUCGUAGGACUUGCAAUGGGUUCUGCGGGGCUUUUCAUACUCAUGGCCUUGGGUUUCUUCUUGCUGUUAUACAGGAAGAGGAAGCCAGAACUCAAGUCUACAGAUGCUGAGAUCAUUUCUUUUGAGGAUCCCCACAGAUUAUAUACAUAUUACGAUCUCAGAGCUGCAACCAGUAAUUUCGAUUCAGAGAACCUAAUCGGAGAAGGGAGUUUUGGGUCUGUUUACAAGGGAGUUCUUAGUGAUGGAACUCCGGUUGCUAUCAAGGUUUUUAACAUGGAUCAGCAUGGAGCCUCCAAGAGCUUUCUUGCUGAGUGUGAAGCUCUGCGGAACGUUAGGCACCGCAACCUUGUAAGGAUCAUGAGUGCAUGUUCAACUAAUGACUUCAAGGCAUUGGUUCUGCAAUUAAUGUCAAGUGGAAGCUUGGAGGAGUGGCUUCAUCAUACAAGAGGGUGGGGGAUUGAAAGGAGGUCCCUAAAUAUACAACAGAGGUUGGAAAUUGCCAUAGAAGUUGCAGCUGCAAUGGAGUAUUUGCAUCACGAUUGUGAAGUUCCUGUGGUGCAUUGUGAUCUCAAACCAAGUAAUGUCCUCAUGAAUGAAAACAUGACUGCUCAUGUUGGGGACUUCGGACUUGCAAAAAUGCUUCAUGGGACUGCCUCAAAUCAUCAACAAAGCAGCAGCACUAUUGGGUUGAGAGGAUCAAUUGGCUACAUUGCACCAGAGUAUGGUUUGGGAGGAACAGUGUCAACCAAAGGUGAUGUUUACAGUUAUGGGAUGCUUCUGCUUGAAUUGUUCACUGGGAAGAGACCAACGAACGAGAUGUUCAGUGGGGGACUGAAAUUUCAAGAAUGGGUUAGGACAGCAUUUCCUGAACAGGUAGUGGAAAUCUUAGACGUUGAAUUGGUGGAAGAUUGUAAUCUGUGGAACAAGGACUGCUUGGUUUCAGUCAUCAACAUUGGUUUAUCAUGUGCAAGUGAAAUCCCUGAAGAGCGACCAAACAUGAGAGAUGUGUCUGCAAUGAUCAAAAGAACUAGGAACUUGCUUACUAAUUCUAAUAAUAAAAUUUAA